UUACGAACUAAUUUAAUUUGUCGGCUAUUUAAUUAAAUGUGAAAUAAACGGUAAAAAAAAUGAUAAAUGUGUGAUCGUAGUUACCGCGCUUUGUGUACAAACGUCUUAUAGAAAGAAAAUCUUGUGAAAUUAUUACAAAAAUCUAAAAAAUUACAGAAUAAUAAAAAUAUUAUAAUAAUUAAUAUUUAUUUACUUGAAAAAACAAAAACAAUAUUUUCAGUUUUUAAGUUUUAUAGGUUAAACUUUACAAACGUACAUAUCUGGCAAUAUAUAAUCGGUUUUUUUUUAAUGUAAGGAGCAAACUUUCAUUUAAGGAUUCCCAACAGUAACUUGACUAACUGGCACGUGCUUCAGUAGAGACGAUAACUGAAAUGCUGAAUGAUUACAAUCGCACAUUGUUUGCUGAAGAAUAAACUUUUGAUUUGUUAUUUCACUGACUUAUGCUUUAUAUUGACCAUUUUAUCCAUUUUUAUGAAUUAAAAAACAAUAUGUCUAUUGUGGUGAAGAGAAAUAUAGAAUUAUUCAUGAAAGUUUUAAAUUCAAAAAUAUUAUUCUCCAAAUCAAUGAGUACAGAGACCAAUCCAGUUUAUGUCAAACGAAUAUUUUCUGGUAUACAACCCACUGGUUCUAUUCAUUUAGGUAAUUAUUUAGGAGCAGUAAAAGAAUGGGUAAAAUUACAGGACGAAACCGAAUGUCUCUGGAGUAUAGUAGACUUACACGCAAUAACUAUGCCACAGGAUGUCGAAACGUUGAGAGAAAAUAUAUAUAAAAUGGCAGCAACACUUUUAGCUUGUGGCAUUGAUCCACAAAAGAGUAUCAUUUUUCAACAGUCUACUGUACCAAGACAUACAGAGUUGGCAUGGAUUUUAGGGUGUUCGUUAACAAUGAAAAAACUUGCUCUGUUACCACAGUUCAAAGAGAAGAGUGAGAAAUUAAAAAAUAUACCUGUUGGUCUAUAUACUUAUCCCAUUCUACAGUCAGCAGAUAUUUUACUUUAUAAAGCAACAGAUGUACCUGUAGGAGAAGAUCAAUUACAGCAUCUCCAUUUAGCUCAGCAUUUAGUCAGCUAUUUUAAUGGAAGGUUUGGAGAUACAUUUCCGAUGCCUAAUCCUCUAAUAAAUGGAUCGAGUGGCCGUAUUAAGUCUUUAACGGAUCCCACAAAAAAAAUGUCUAAGUCAAGUGAUAAAAAAAAAAGUUUUAUCAAAUUGAUUGAUGAGCCAGAAACAAUUAGGAAGUACAUAAAAAAGGCAGUUACUGACUUCACGUCAGAAAUAACUUAUGACCCUAUUGAACGACCUGGUGUAUCAAAUUUAGUAAUGAUUCAUUCAAAAAUGCUGGAUAAAUCAACUGAAUUGAUCUGUAAAGAAGCCCAAGGUUUGGAUACCUUACAGUAUAAAUUAUUGGUUGCAGACGUAAUCAUUGAAAAAUUGACGCCCAUACGUGAAGAAUAUACGCGAUUGAUGAAUGAACCUGCUUAUGUAAAUUCUGUUUUAAAGAAUGGAUCAUUGAAAGCAUUGCCAUUGGCCGAUCAAUGCUGGCUCGAAGUCAGAGAAAAAGUCGGUUUUUCAGGUGGAAUUUUGUCAUAAGUAAUUUAGUUCAUGAAGAAGAAGAAAGAAUUAAAUACAUACAUUUUAUUUAAAUAGUACAAUAAAAUAAAUAUAUCUUCUGUUUCAAUAACAAACUUUUCAUUAACUUGUCAUGUCAAUCACUACUUUACCUCGUAAGUGACCUUCGGCGACUCUUCUGUAUGCUUCAG